AUGGAGGCCUCAGGAGAGUUCUGCGUUUACGAGGUAAAACCUGGAGAUUCACUGUCGGCUAUCGCUGCCCAGUUGGGUUUUGUAACCCCCACUCAGAUUGCUAGAGCCAAUCAUUUACCCCUCAUGAGUUAUGGACUCCCUCCCGUUUUUCCUGGUCAACGUUUAAUUAUUCCAACAGCUGCACGUGCGAAUUGCAGUUCAACUAAAAUAAAGCAUCUUCCUGGUGUCGCGUUGCGCAUAGAAGAUAUGGAUAAGCAAAAUGUCGAUACUACAAGUACUGGAUUUCUAGCUGUUCAACCCUUCUUUUAUACAACACGUGUUUUGAAUCCUAAUAAAUCCUAUCCCAUUGAUGAUGAUGCCCUGGAACGCCAAUUUGUUAAAGUGAAUGCCUUUCGUGUUCUAGAAAGUCUUGAUAAUUUGAUAGAUGGCGUUUUGCUGGUCACACCUGAAUCUUUGUGUUUCGACGCAAGUCAAACUGCAGUAGCUCAAAAACAGGCUUACAUAGCUUCACAUUCUGAAUUAUCUUCAUGUGAUCAUAACAUUGAUGCUACUCAUAACAAAAUGAUUGAAUCACAUCAUGACUCUGACAAUAAAUCAUCCACUUGCCAUGAUAAUAAUGUUGAGUUUUCUUGUUGCCAUAUUCCUCAAGAACUGCUAAAUUUAGGAUUAUGCAUUCCAUUAGAUUCAAUCAUUGCCAUGAAAACGCUUGUUGAAAAGGAUGUUAUACAUAUUUUAAAGUCCGAAUGUAACGAUAAAAUAAAUUCAUUAUCCAACUCAACUUUGCAAAAUGAAAAGACAGAAGAACACGUCAAUGUACAAAGUACGAAUGAAAAUACGAAGUCAACUGAUGAAAAUACUGAUCAUCAGCGAAAUGAUCCCAAUUUACCCAGUAAUAUUGAUAAGGAACAGCCUGACGAAACUAGUAAAUCAACUAUAAACGAUAAUUCCGUUGGUCUAUCCGAUAGCACUUAUGCUGUCAAUAUUAAUGAACAGUUGAGAACUCCUGAAAUCCCCCCUGAAAUCGAGACAACUUUGUCAACACCAUCAUCAGUAUCAUCAUCACCGCACCAACUACCAACAACAUCUUUAGAAACAUUGAGUACAUCUGUGAGUCAAUUAUUACAAAAAGAAAAUAACAGUGAAGACAAAAAUGUAACUAACGUUACAAACGAUUUAUAUUUGAGAAUCACUCUAAUUGGAGAUAUAACUCAUAUAUUUCGUCUUGCUGUUGAUCGCCUCACUCAAGUCUACAGUUUUCUUUUACGUGCUGGUGUAGGCAGUUUAGACAAGUAUAUAGAAGUUAACAAUCAUUCUGAACAGGUCGUUAUUGGAAAUUCUGAUAAAGAACAGGCGUUAGAUUCUGAUUCUACAGUAUGUCAUCGUCGUAGUUUAGUUGAAGAAAUGUUAGAAAGUCUGGAACAAUCUAUUCAUGUACCAAUACUCAAUGGUGGUGAAAGCAGAAUAUUAACUAAUGACAUGCUAGUAGAUCUUAGUGUUAACUUUCCUGCAUAUUGGAGUAGUUCUAACUUAAAUUCUAUCUACAAAUCUGAAGAUGAUGGCUAUUGUUUAAACACAGUGUACAGAAAGUGUAAAGAUGUUGAAGGUAGUGUUUUAUUGCUUAUACGUGAUACAAUGGGCGUUGUAUUUGGUGCAGUUAUGUCGGAAACAAUGAAAUGUAGUCAACAUUUUUAUGGGACUGGUGAAACAUUUGUCUUUCAUUGGAAACCAACAUUUAAAAAAUAUUGUUGGACUAAAAAGAAUUAUUUUUUCAUGCGAGGAUCUCUUCAUUCAUUUCAUAUUGGCGGUCAAAGCGGACGAAAUGCAAUAUGGUUUGAUGAAUCAUUAAAAUAUGGUUGUAGUGAACCGACUGACACAUUUGACAAUCCUGUACUCAGUGGAAAUUUACCAAAUAUACAAUUCUCUUCUUUAUCAUUGAAUAAAUCUGAUAAAAAUGAGAAUGUAUUAAUAGAAAACAAUAUUAAUAAUGUACAUGUUAAUUCUAAUCCAUUAAAUUCAACAAUAAAAUCUUCAUCUACAGUAUGUGAUAGUGUCCCAUUCAUAAUUGAUACAUUUGAAUUGUGGCAAUUAAUCAGUUGUUAG